UUCUGACUUUUGCCUCCAUUGGGUUCUCUGUGUAAACAAAACCUCAAAGAUGGCGAUGAUAAAGAAGGAAGGAAUAUUUGCUCUUCUUGCCUUUUUAAUUUAUUUUUACUCUUGUUUAACCCUUAUCAGAACCACUACUUUUACCUCAUGGCAAGGCCUCAUCAAUUCGCUAGCAUUUAUCGCCCUUAGUUGGUUCGUGAUGAAGUUUCUUCCACAUUUUGAAGUUGUUAAAAGAGCGGCAUUUCUUGGCUGUGUGUUUGGAUUUUCCGUCGUUCUCAGUUUUUCUGGCUUGCCUUUCCAGCACUUUGGAUGGUACAUGGCGUCCUUGUCGUUCUUCCAUUUCUCUGAAUACAUCAUGACUGCCAUAUACAACCCCGACACGUUAACGACAGAUUCCUUCUUGCUCAACCACAGCCGCGAAUACAAAUUGGCAGCUAUUGCAAGUUGGAUUGAGUUUGCUGUCGAGUACUUCUUCUUUCCAAACCUGAAGCAAACUUCCUUCAUCAACGAACUCGGACUUUUACUUCUCAUCGGAGGUGAAAUCGUCCGAAAACUCGCAAUGAUAACAGCCAAGUCCAAUUUUUCCCACAUCGUCCAGUUUCAAAAGAAAGAUGGUCAUGUCCUCGUCCAGCAUGGCAUCUAUAAUUGGUUUAGACACCCUUCUUAUUUUGGUUGGUUUUGGUGGAGUAUUGGGACACAGCUAACUCUGUCUAACCCUAUCUGUCUAGUUGUCUAUGCGUGGGCAUCUUGGAAUUUUUUCAAGGAGAGAAUUGAAGUAGAAGAAGUCACCUUGCUCAACUUCUUCCAACAAGAAUAUGUGGAUUAUCAGAAGAGAGUUGGUACUGGGUUACCUUUUAUUAAAGGCUAUUUGGUUUCUGAAGAGAUAAACAGCAAGAAGGACAAAUGAACUGAGAACGACAUGGAGGAAAGAAGAGAGGGAAAAUACGAAUCCCUUGCACGAUUUCAUUUGUUCAGUAAUAAUAGCAGUUAGACUUAGACUUAUUAGACUUUAUUUAUACACUCAUUUGACAAUUAUGAUAUUAAUUCACAAAAAGAACUUAAUAUCUUAUUAAUAAGAUAUAGAGUUUUAGAUAAAUAUAGUUACAAAAUAAUAGAAAAGUUGUGUGUGUGGUUGUUGAAGAGUCACAACUUUCGACUCAACUACCACCCACUGAAUUUUAACAAAUAAAUUAGUGUGGAACCAAGAUUGGCUAAGCAUCUGUAAAAAAAUUACAACAGUCUUAGAAAAAAAUCAAGACAAGAGGAAGUUGUUAUGGAUGCAUGCAAAUGAGAUGCAAACAAGACAACAAGCAUUGUAUCAGUCCGAUAGCCUCACUUGUAUGACUCUCAAAACAAAAGAAUUUCUCAUUGCAAGCUCAACUGUAAUAACAACUACAGUGUAUUAGCACCAGUAGUCUUAGUCAAAAUACAAUCCUCUGUCUCUUCAAUCAUACUCUGGUAAAGUAAACCCCCAGAUUCACUUGACAGCUUCUUUGAUGUAUAUUUACUAUUUUCGGUGACAUCAACUAAAAGUUCUCUAACUUAGAUCAAUAUCUAACUAUUGUGUGUCUUAAUAUGCACUCUAAUUUCUAAGGGAAUGUAAAUUUGAAUAAGAAAGAUAUAGUGCAAAGCAUUUUGGUAUUCUUGGUUUUCACAGGACGUCAUCAAAAAACUAAAAUCCAAAGUAUUCACUCCACAAAACUUUUUGUCGAAAAUAUUGUUUAUAGCAUUAUAACAAAAGUUUCACCAAAAUAAUUGUGCACUAUCGCUGUUUGGUUUUAGAUUUAUUCCGAGUCAAAUUCUGUCACGCAAUUCUGUGAUGUAUUUUCAAAGCAUUACAACAAUGAUUGGUAACUUUAUCUUUAUGAUUAUUGUCAUUGAAAGAUAGAUUUUUUUGCAAUAUAAACAUUAUUUUUAACCUUAGUUAUUUGGCCGCCAUAUUGGUGUCCCUCAAUAAGACACCAAGAUGGCAGACCAUACAUUUCAACUAAUUUAUGAGCAUAAUCAAUCGCUUGUAUCUUCGUAUCUAAAACUUCUUUUAGCUAGAACUUUAGCUGAGUUAUAUAGUUUUGGCUACUCUUUUGGCCUGUGGAAGUUUUGUUUCAUAUAGAUCCUGGCAAAAUUUGAUGACGUAGGUGAAAACCAAGAAUUGUUCACUUAUGACGCCAUCAUGCAAACAGCAUAUAGAGUAUAGGUUUUCUGUCAAAUGCUGGCAAAGUCUUUUGACCAAAUUGUGCUCCUCUUUAAAAGCUGUGUGCAAAUUUGUCAGUUAAGCCCAUUUUAUAAGUUAUUUGUAGGUAAGCUAGCCAGGAAGGUACAUUUUUUGUUUAGGGGGAAGGGCUAUGCCAAGGCAGCCUGCAUUCAUAAUGUAUGACAGAGGGGAGGGCAGGUGAAAUUGUGGGGGGAUCAGAAGAAUUUUGGUAGCAAAAAGAGGGGAUGGGUAAAUUUUCAUCAGGAAAAUGGGGGCAAUGCACUAUAGUUAAGUUGGUAGGAGCUACAAGCCUUGCUUCGGGGGGAUCAUGUAUUUUUGCAUGACUUUAAGGAGGUGUUAAGAAUUAUUCUGGACAUUUCAAAUUUUCACCUGCCCCCACCCCCCCCUGCCAUACAUUAUGAACUCAGAUGAAAUUAGUAAAUUUAGAAUUAGAAUUUUAUAGCAGUAAUUCAAGUUUUCAAAUUUUUCAAAUUUUCAAGUUUCAGCUUAAAUUUUCAAUGUGUAACAGGGCCUUUACAUUACACAUGGUGUUAUUAAAAGUAGGGAGCAGUU